UCCGGCACGGAGGCAAAUCCCAUCCUCUGCUCGUCCCUCCUGCCCCAGAGCCGAGCAUGGAGAGCGGGGAGGACAAAUCCCCGCGGCAGAACCUUCUGGAAGAGCCCCUUGGGAGCGGCUCCACAGCCCAGGGAUGCGGCGGGGAGGAGAAGGCUCGGAGAUCCCGGCCGAGGAGCGGCUGCGAUUCCCGGGGGUCCCGGGGGGAAGGAGGCAGCCCGGGCCGGGGAGGGAGCUCGGAGAAGCCCCACAAGUGCUCGGAAUGCGGGAAGAGCUUCACCAAGAGAUUCCUGCUGAGCUCCCACCGGAGAAUCCACAGCGGGGAGAGACCCCACGAGUGCGGGGAGUGCGGGAAGAGCUUCAGGACGAGCUCGGGGCUGAGCGAGCACCGCAGGAUCCACACGGGGGAGAGACCCCACGAGUGCGAGAAAUGCCACAAGAGGUUCCAAACCCGCUCCUCGCUCCUCCUGCACCGCAGGAUCCACACGGACGAGAGACCCUUCCCCUGCCCCGAGUGCGGGAAGAGCUUCAAGCGGAAUUUCCACCUGACCGUGCACCGGCGGAUCCACAGCGGGGAGAGGCCCUUCGAGUGCCAUCAGUGCCCCAAGAGCUUCCACACCAGCUCCUCGCUCCUCGUGCACCUCCGCACCCACACGGACGAGAGGCCCUUCCGCUGCUCCGAGUGCCACAGGGGCUUCAACCAGAAAUCCGCCCUGGUCACUCACCUGAGGAUCCACAGCGGGGAGAAACCGUUCGCGUGUCCCCAGUGCGGGAAGAGGUUCAGGACGAGCUACGAGGUGACCACGCACCGGAAAAUCCACAGCAGGGAGAGGCUCCAGGAGGGUCCUGAGUGCGGGAAGAGCUUCAGGAGCAGCUCCGACCUCAUCUCCCACCAGAGGAUCCACAGCGGGGAGAAGCUCCAUGACGAGGAGAAGCCCCAUGACGAGGAGAAGCUCCAUGACGAGGAGAAGCUCCAUGACGAGGAGAAGCUCCAUGAGGAGGAGAAGCUCCAUGACGAGGAGAAGCUCCAUGAGGAGGAGAAGCUCCAUGAUGAGGAGAGGCUCCAUGAGGAGGAGAAGCUCCAUGAGGAGGAGAAGCUCCAUGACGAGGAGAAGCUCCAUGAGGAGGAGAAGCUCCAUGACGAGGAGAAGCUCCAGGAUUGUCCUGAGUGCGGGAAGAGCUUCAGGAACAGCUCCGACCUCAUCACCCACCGGAGGAUCCACAGCGGGGAGAAGCCCCAGGAGUGUCCCCAGUGCGGGAAGAGCUUCAGGCGAAUCUCCAACCUCAUCUCUCACCGGAGGAUCCACAGCGGGGAGAAGCCGUACAAGUGUGAGAAAUGCGGGAAGAGCUUUCGGCUCGUGUCCCUUCUCUUCAAGCAUUUUCGGAGCCACAGGGAGGAGAGGCCUUUCCGCUGCCCCCAGUGCGGGAAGGGAUUCAAGCGCAAGUGCACCCUCAGCGUCCACCAGCGCUUCCACGGCGAGGAGCUCCAUGACGAGGAGAAGCUCCAUGACGAGGAGAAGCUCCAUGACGAGGAGAAGCUCCAUGACGAGGAGAAGCUCCAUGAGGAGGAGAAGCUCCAUGACGAGGAGAAGCUCCAGGAUUGUCCUGAGUGCGGGAAGAGCUUCAGGAACAGCUCCGACCUCAUCACCCACCGGAGGAUCCACAGCGGGGAGAAGCCCCAGGAGUGUCCCCAGUGCGGGAAGAGCUUCAGGCGAAUCUCCAACCUCAUCUCUCACCGGAGGAUCCACAGCGGGGAGAAGCCGUACAAGUGUGAGAAAUGCGGGAAGAGCUUUCGGCUCGUGUCCCUUCUCUUCAAGCAUUUUCGGAGCCACAGGGAGGAGAGGCCUUUCCGCUGCCCCCAGUGCGGGAAGGGAUUCAAGCGCAAGUGCACCCUCAGCGUCCACCAGCGCUUCCACGGCGAGGAGAGACCCCACGGGUGCGAGAAAUGCGGGAAGAGCUUUCACACCCGCACCGCGCUCCGGCAGCACCUGCAGGUGCACACGGGGGAGAGGCCCCACCGCUGCCCCCGGUGCGGGAAGGGAUUCGCUCGGAAAUGCUCCCUGGUGAGGCACCGGAGGAUCCACAGCGGGGAGAAACCCUACGAGUGUCCCCAGUGCGGGAAGGGAUUCGCGCAGAGCUCCAACAUGAGCCGGCACCGGCGGAGCCACGAGGGAGGGGAGAGCUCCGUCCCCCGCCGGUGAUCCCCGGUGAUUCCCGGUGAUUCCUGGUGAUCCACGGUGAUCUGUGGUGGUCCCAGGUGAUUCCUGGUGAUCCACGGUGAUCUGUGGUGGUCCCCUGGUGAUCUGUGGUGAUCCCAGGUGAUCCGUGGUGAUCCCAGGUGAUUCCUGGUGAUCCACAGUGAUCCGUGGUGAUCCCCGGUGAUUCCCGGUGAUUCCUGGUGAUCCACGGUGAUCUGUGGUGAUUCCCUGGUGAUCUGUGGUGAUCCCCGGUGAUUCCUGGUGAUCCCCGGUGAUCUGUGGUGAUCCCCUGGUGAUCCCAGGUGAUUCCCGGUGAUUCCUGGUGAUCCCCGGUGAUCUGUGGUGGUCCCUGGUGAUCUGUGGUGAUCCCCUGGUGAUCCCAGGUGAUUCCUGGUGAUCCACGGUGAUCUGUGGUGAUCCCCUGGUGAUCCCUGGAGAUCCACGGCGAUCCCUGGUGAUCCGUGGAGAUCCGCGGAUGAGCCCCGCGGAUGAUCCCCGGUGAGCCCCGGUGGUUCCUGGUGAUUCCCGGUGAUCUGUGGUGAUCUCCAGUGAUCCCUGAUGAUCCCUGGUGAUCCCCGGUGAUCUGUGGUGAUCCGUGGCGAUCCUCAGUGGUUCCUGGUGAUCCCCGGUGAUCUGUGGUGAUUCCCGGUGAUCCCUGCCGGGAACUCUCCUGCCCGGGGGCUCCGGUUCCCCAGGGCCUGCGUUUCCUUCCCGCUGCUC